AAGUGGUCAGUGCUCAUUUAUGCUCUCACGCUCUCCCUCUCUCGAAAUAUUAAUUCAAGAUCCCCUCUCUCUCAAAGUUCAAACGAAAUCCCCUCUCCACUUUAAAAAUCAAAUCCAAUCUCUUGCUCUAAUCCCCUCCAAAAUUACUCACGGAUCCACUAGUUCCUCCCAAAUCCUCCAUCGAUCGAGGGAACUCGGUCCCUCUCGUUCUCUCGACUGGAUCCGGUCGCCUAGGGUUUCUGAAUCAUUUGAUGGAUUUGGUUCUUGAAAUGUGCACGAUGUUGAUGUAGACUUCAACUGGUUAAGAGUUGGUUCAAAGAAGAGGCCUUUGUAGUUUUGUACAGAGGAAGCUGAAGAAGGAAAUGGCGAUCAGUAGACAAUUGGUGCUUACUUACCUUUAUCUGCUCAUUUACAUACUCCUUUCCUCUGGAGUUAUUCUGUACAAUAAGUGGGUUCUGUCUCCAAAAUAUUUCAAAUUUCCAUUUCCAAUUACACUUACUAUGAUUCACAUGGGAUUUUCUGGUGCGGUCGCAUUCAUUCUUGUUCGCGUUUUGAAGGUUGUUGCUCCUGUCAAGAUGACAUUUCAAAUAUAUGUGACCUGCGUUGUUCCCAUUAGCGCAUUCUUCGCAUCAAGUCUUUGGUUUGGCAACACGGCUUAUUUGUACAUCUCAGUUGCUUUUAUACAGAUGCUCAAAGCUUUAAUGCCUGUGGCAACAUUCCUUAUGGCUGUUAUAUGUGGCACUGACAAAUUAAGGUGUGACCUGUUCUUGAAUAUGCUACUGGUCAGUGUCGGGGUCGUAAUUUCGUCGUAUGGAGAAAUUCAUUUUAAUACAAUUGGGACAGUUUACCAGUGUACUGGUAUAGUUGCUGAAGCUCUUAGGCUGGUUUUAACACAAGUACUUCUUCAGAAAAAGGGCCUGACAUUAAAUCCUGUUACCAGUCUAUAUUACAUAGCUCCUUGCAGUUUCAUCUUUUUAUUUAUUCCCUGGUAUCUGUUGGAGCAACCCGAGAUGGAAGUCUCACAGAUUCAAUUCAAUUUCUGGAUAUUCUUCUCAAACGCACUUUGCGCUUUAGCCUUGAACUUCUCUAUAUUUCUUGUAAUUGGUAGAACUGGUGCAGUCACCAUUCGAGUUGCUGGAGUUCUCAAAGACUGGAUACUAAUCGCCCUUUCGACAAUUAUAUUUCCUGAAUCUACAAUUACUGGUUUAAACAUUAUUGGUUAUGCAGUCGCAUUGUGUGGGGUCGUCAUAUACAACUACCUGAAGGUAAAGGAUGUCCGAACAUCAAAUCAGCCUUCUAUGGAAAGCCUACCAGAAAGACAAACUAAGGAUUGGAAGCUGGACAAUAGUGUAAAGAUUCCAAAUAUCGCGGACAAUGCGUUAAACACUUCCAUGGAAUCAACUGCUGAUGAAGAAUCACCCCUUCUAGCAUCCUCAAGAUUUUCGUACAUUGGGAGGUCGAAACCAAACCAAUAAUCAAAUUUAUAUAUUUUAUCGACGAGGAAGAAGCACCCGAAACUCCCACACGUUGAAGGAUAAUGCUGGAGCCACAUACUUCUACUUCAAUGGACGAUAAUAUUUGGAAGUCCCUUUGGUCUGUUGGCCUUUUUAGAAAAUGUAUCCAUUUUUGCCCUGACCACUUCCAUUUCAAGGGACCUGAAGUAUGAUAUAUAAUCCGUCAGCAUAUGAGUACUCGUAUAGAUCUACUUGAUUUUUUUGGUAGGAUGCAAACUUAUUGUCAUUCUUCAUGAUUCUUUGUACUCACAUUGCUGUGUUGAAUCAAGUAUAGUGAAUUCAGUUUAGUGAAAUUUCUUUCCACUCAGUGGUUGAGCGUAACAGGGUGUUGUUAAAUUUGGAUUGGAGUAAAUAGUGUUGGACUGAAGAAUAAUGUAUA